CUUCGUGGUUUUGUUUAUUUUUAUCAGCAGCAACAGCGGUAAAAACAAGUUGAUAUUAUAGAAAAGGAAAUACAUGUAUUGCUAAAUACUGAUUCUAGGGUGUUGUUCUAUCGUGAAGACAUUCCAACGCGGAUGAAAAAUAUAGAGUAUGUCUCGUCGACGCACAAAUAUUAGAUACACUGCACUGGAUGAUGCAGAUGAACAGCAACAACAAAAUGACAGAGAGUUCGAUGAACCAGAUGCCUUUGUGGACGAGCAGUUUGUUAAACCUGAAAGAAAAUUUCCUUGGAAAACUGUGCUCUUCAUUUUGUUUUUCUUUGUUGCUGGAGCUACUUGCUUGACAUGCAGUAUAUUAGUCUCUUCUGGAUUCACUAAUGAGAAAUACGCCGACCGAGCUUGGCCUUUAUUAAUUCUGGGCAUUUUGAUGUUUAUCCCAGGAGGUUACUAUGGAUAUAUAUUACUGUGCAUAUGUUUGAAACGUGAUGGUUUCACCGUUGAGGAUAUACCAAUGUUAUAAAUUGUUGCAGCCAAUUUGGUUGAACAAACAUAAAAUUUUAUAUGUUUAACGUUUUGUACAUAUUUUUUACUGUUUAAUAACUGUAACUCGAUUAACCGUAGCAUGUAAGGCAGUAAGAGUUUGAUAUAAUAUCAUUGUUUUUAAAUGUUACGUUGUAAAUGUUAAUCUCAUAUACUAAUAUAAAAUAACCAUUUUCGAAAAGACUUUUGAAUAAAAAAAAAACUUUCGUAGUCUUCCUGAUUGCAGAUAUCACUCGCUAACGAAUAAAAGCGACUAUGCUCCCAAUAGUCGAUUAAACCUCUCAUUGCUGUAA